UGGCCAUCGAGAGGAAUAUGUAACAAACCUUAAUUUGAAUUUAUUGUGAAGACUUCAAGGCUUUAAAAAAUAGAAAAGUCAAUGUCUUGGUGGACAUUCUACACAUGCUAACGGAUAGACCACUUGGCAUCUAUCUUUGUAUUCCUCAUAAUUCAAGUUGCCCGAACGUCGCAAAACGUGUUUUUAUUUUUUGGGUUAGAAACAGAAAUUGCGGUUUAUUUUGUAAAAACAACACUGUCUUUCAUUUCCGAGUAUGAUUUUUUCCCGUGCAAAUUAUGACUUGGCGGUCCCGACCAAUCGUCAAGUCCCGGGCCCCCAACAGUGGAGAAAAAGAGUGGUCCCCCGGGACGGUGCCCUUUUUGAAACCAGUCGGCAUCAUGGCGCUCUGUGCCCGUGUACCUCUCCUGCUUCUCUUUCUCCUCUCCGGCCACUUCCCCUGCACUCUAGGUUUUAAUCUGGACACGGACGAACCUGUGGUCAAGAAAGGGCCGGAGGGCAGUCACUUCGGUUACUCCGUCGCGCAACACCAAAUCAUGCACCACGGCAUAUCGGUGGUCAGGGAAAAUGUUUUGAUUGUCGGGGCGCCGAAGUCGGAGAACCCGUACCAGCAGUGGGUGGCCCUGCCUGGUGCCGUGUACAAGUGUAGGAUGACCACUAACGACAGGGACUGUAGGAUCGUACAGGUGGACACGGCUGACAUCGCUGAAGACAGAAACAGAACGGGACAGUUCCUGGGCGCUACAGUGAGAAGUAUGGGUCCAGGAGGAAAAGUCAUGGCAUGCGCACCGAAAUAUCGUGACGUGUACACAAGAGGCGAGGUGAAAGUCUGGGAACGAGGUCGGUGUUAUCAGCUGAACCAGGAGCUCGUUCCCGACAUCCACCAUACGAGUCAGGGAAUCUGGAACCUGUGUGACGACCUCCCGGCCGGACAUGCCAUGUACGGGUACUGUCAUCUGGGGACGGCGCUGGAGUUCUCCCACGACGGACAAGACGUCAUGAUUGCAGCACCUGGGGCUUUCCAUUGGACAGGGAUGAUGUUUGUGACGAGUAUGAGUGACCUGUCCCUGGAUCUAACGGUUUACCAGUCUGGACGGGCGAACUUCGACGACUUUGGAUUGGACACCAGCAGUUUAUUAGGAUCAUCGUUGUCGUCGGGAUUUUUCCGCGCCGGAGAGUUGGAGUACGUUGCAGGAGCGCCCCGUGCGGGAGACAUCGGUGCUGUAGUGUUCUUUGCCAAGACGUACUUUGAACUUGAAGUGAGGCUGGUCAUGCACGGAUACCAGGUGGCCUCGGCCUUCGGAUUCGCCAUCUGUGGGCUGGAUCUAAAUGGAGAUGGGUUAACAGACCUAGCUGUCAGCGCACCACAGUACACGGAUAGUAACACAGGGGGCGCUGUUUACGUGUACAUAAACGGUGCCAAGGGUAUCAAUGGAAGUGAUCCAAUCGUUCUCACGGGGCCCAGGAGUUCUAUGUUUGGAUAUUCCUUGAUCGACGCUGGUGACGUGAAUAUGGACGGAUUCAACGAUUUGGUGGUUGGAGCUCCAUAUGAAGAUAACGGUGCUGUGUACCUGUACCUUGGAAAUCAGCAUCACGGUCUCUCUACAACACCGUCACAGAAAAUUAUGGCCUCUGACCUGCUCGUCCCUGGACUGAAGUCGUUCGGAUUCUCGCUGUCUGGUGGCCUCGAUCUGGACGAGAAUGGGUUCCCGGAUGUGGCCGUUGGUGCGUUUGAAUCUGAUCACGUGAUCCUGUUAAGGUCCCGUACGGCACUUACUAUAGAGGCCAAGAUAUCCGGACCCACCUAUCCGGUCGACCCCAAGAGACGAACAUGUGAUCUCAACGGCAAAUCGUACACCUGUUUUCAGAUCAAAUUUGGCUUCCGUUACUCUACCAGUUCCCCGUUUGACAACGAUAUUGAUUUGACCUACCGAUUGGACGGAGACUCCAUCUACCACGACUGGGGGUUAGGUCCGCGGCUAUUCUUCCCCGGAGAGGGAAAAUCCGUGUUUGAAGGCUCCGUACGUGUACCCAGGCAGGGUGCCAAGACAUGGGCCGAGAGGACCAUCACUGCUUACCUGAAGCCAGACACGAUGGCCAUCCUACACCCACUGAGGGUGAACCUAACCUGGGCGCUGUGGAAACCUUCCUCCAACAACAAGCUGUUUUCCGUGCCGGGAUACAGACUGUCGAGCCUGGACGGGCGCCCGAUCCUCAACCUGCUGCAACGGCAGUACAAGAAGGUGGAGAUUGAUUUUGUGAAGGAAUGUGGAGCAGACUCGGUAUGCAUUAGUAAUCUGAAACUGCAGGCUCAGCUUCUUCUGUUUGGAAACCCUCCCACGUUUAGUCUCGGUAGUUCUCGCGAGAUUCGGGCCGAGAUCCAGGUGGACAAUGAAGACGGAGAGCCUGCGUACAACACGGAGCUGCGCGUGCACCUGCCGGAGAGGCUGUUCUAUGCAGGGAUGAUAGAACACAGCUCAGGGCAGACGAGAGUAUCGUGUCGCACGGUGGAGGACAACUCAUCUGUGGUGAUUUGUGAGAUCGGGAAUCCUGUCUCCAAGUCGUCUAUCCAGUUGUUCACCCUGAGACUCCUGACCACGAUGCUCCGACCAUGGGACACGAGUCUGAAGAUACCUCUCACAUUGACCACAAUGAGCAGUGACAGUAACACUUCUGACAACUCCGUCAUCCUGAAGGCAAAAGUGGUAGUUGAUGUUGACCUCUCCAUCACGGGAAUCUCCCAUCCCCGGCAGGUUCUGUACGGAGGAGAGCAGCGCGGCCUGAGCGCCAUGGAGUACCAGGCACAGAUCGGCACUGCGGUCAACCAUACGUACGUGAUCCGUAACCACGGGAGAGGUACGGCACCAGGAGCGGUAGUAAGGAUCACGUGGCCGUACGAGAUACAGAACACUCAGCUUCACCCCAACGGGAAACUACUUUUGUACAUGACAGAUGUUAAGCUGGUUGGGCGUGGUCGGUGUUUCCCACCUGAAGAACAUCGGAACUCCCUUAACCUGAAGCCUGGUGACAGACCCAGACUUCUGACCGCCCCACGACAAGGAACGAUAGACCGUCAGAGAUGGCGCGUGCACGUCUCCAGAACACUCAGGAAGAAAGCUGACGGCAGGGAACCCCGGAGCCUAGAAGACGACUUCGAGGAAGACGACUUCGAGGAAGAUGACUUCGAGGAAGAGGACUACUUUGAGGAAGAGUCCGGUGAAGCAAAUCCAGAUCCGUAUGAAGAAAAACAGAGAGAAGGGGUAGUCACUUUGGACUGCAUGUCGGGCACAGCGCGUUGUUUCGAGUUCAACUGCACCUUAGACACACUGCUGGUCAACCGGUCAGUGGUCAUCACAGUGGAGGCAAGAUUGUGGAACACUACGUUUACUCAGGAAUAUCCAUCGGCAAGUCAUGUGGACAUCCUGUCCCACGCUGAAGUUGAGCUUGUGAAGAACUUUGAGAACAUGCAACAGUCAAGAAGCUUCAAUGACAAGGCUUCGGUAUUAACGAAAGCCUUACCAGAAUCACGCCCCGUGAGUCUGGCAGAACAAGUGGAGGUGUGGGCGGUACUGUUGGGGUUACUACUGGGACUGCUGCUACUGUUACUCAUAGCGUUAUGUCUGUGGAAGUGCGGGUUUUUCAGACGGGUGUCAGUACGAGAGCAAUACGAGGCGAAAUACUACACGGCGACAAAAAUUCCGCGGGCAAAGGUUAUCGAGACGAACUUUUCACCCAGCUACUACGAGAGCAGUAUAUACGAUGCCAGCAAAUAUGAAACGAGUUUCCAGUGAGAAUUGGGACUACGAGUUCAGUUUACAUGUGGUGUCCCCCAAGGAUCCAUAAUAGGACCUUUCUACUUUCAAGGUGAAUUUCUGUGAAAAUUGCCUUCUUCUAUGCGUUUCUGUCUCAGAUCAAUUCAUAAGAUGUCGUUUUUUAGACAGCUAAUAUAUUUCAUUGGGUUGAAUUCUGACUUUUACAAAACGCAGCUGUUCGUAAUGCCACUUAAGCUUGAUCUGGUGUUUAUCAGUGGUAAGUGUAUUCAAAUUUGUACAUAUUCCCUGGACGGUGAUGUCAUACAGAGGUGACUACUGCUAAAGAUCGUUUAAAAAGACGACAACCGAAUACAAGCAGCUACAGCUAUGUAAUACUGUUUCAAUUUUUAUUAAAACAUUCUAAAGCGACAACAACAGCAAAGCUUGAACCAGCUGACUCCAAGACUUCUUGGGCACAAAAUUUUGUUUGACGUUUACAAAGGUGCAUGUGAUAUAUGCGUCGAUUACUGAAAAUUCUUUUUCAGAAUAUUAGGAAUGAUGAGAAUAAGACUCAGGAAAGGUACGCUUGAAAACUAUAUCGGAGCAUGUAAAACUACUUGAUACUUGAUAACUGACGGUGAUUUUUUAAAUGAUUUUCCUGAGUAAUCGCUUCGGAUGGACAAUCUGACGCCAUAGUCGAUGAUUAGACGAUACACUGUGUUUUGAACUAGCUAGUAUUCUGAAGUCUGAACUAUGUACAUAGAUAAUGGACGUUAUUAUGUGAUUGUUGUCUGGUAAAUUUACAUGGAUAAGUAUAUUUCGAUGUUGUAAUGAUCAAACUUUGAAUAUCACUGUCAGUGCAUAAUGUAUAUGUACACAAUAUUAUGUGAUUUUUUU